CGCCUCAGGCGCUACAAGAUGUGGAAACGAAACUAGAUUCAACCUCUAAAGUAUUUUCCACGGUCAAACCACCAUCUGAGCUUCCUGGAAACCUCAACACCAGUGACAAAGCAAACCUUGCUCAAUACGUAACCAUUUUCUCUUCCCCUCAUUCUCCAACCACUACCCAAUCUUUCUUCUUUAUCCUGCUUUCUCUAUUUCUCUCUAAAAUAUUGGAAAGUUCUCAACUUUUUUUCUUCUUGUUUGUAUUUAUGCCAUGGCUGCUUCUUCUGGGAGCUUAGAUACAUCUGCGAAUUACCAUCCAUCAAGUUUCAGUUUCUCCACACACUCCUUCAUGACCACCUCCUUCUCUGACCUUCUUGCAUCUGGUGCCGAUGAUGAACUUCUUAACACAAAUACUCGGCGAGGGUUUUCGGAUCGAAUUGCUGAGAGAACAGGGUCAGGUGUGCCUAAGUUCAAGUCUAUUCCACCUCCUUCUUUGCCCAUCUCUCCUCCUGCUGUUUCUCCUUCUUCUUACUUUGCUAUUCCUCCUGGUUUAAGCCCCACUGAGCUUCUGGACUCUCCGGUGUUGUUGAACACUUCCAACAUUUUGCCAUCUCCAACUACCGGGACAUUCCCAGCUCAGGUUACAAAUUGGGAGACAAAUUCUGGUAGAAACCAGCAAAAUGUCAAGCAUGAAGACCCAAAUUAUUCUGAUUUCUCUUUCCAGCCACCGAUUAGGCCUCCUACAACCUCAUGUACAAUGUUUCAAUCUUUAAACACCAGAAUUCAAACUGCACAGCAACAAGGGUGGAGUUUCCAAGAAUCUGUCAAGCAAGAUGAUUUUUCCAUGGGGAAGAGUAUGCGUAGCUUCUCCCCAGAGAUUGCUGCUAUCCAAACAAACACCCAAACCAACAAUGGAUUCCAGUCAGAAUCUGGAGGUCAUCAGCAGCAGCAAUUUCAGUCGGUUAGAGACCAGAGAAGAUCAGAAGAUGGAUACAAUUGGAGAAAAUAUGGACAAAAACAAGUUAAAGGAAGUGAAAACCCAAGAAGUUAUUACAAGUGCACCUACCCCAAUUGCCCAACAAAGAAGAAAGUUGAGAGGUCUUUGGAUGGACAAAUAACUGAGAUAGUUUAUAAGGGUAGCCAUAACCAUCCUAAGCCUCAAUCUACUAGGAGAUCAUCUUCUUCUUCUUCAUCAGCUUCCAAUCAAGCAAUGAUAGCUCCUAAUCUUGCAUCAAGUGAGAUGCAAGAUCAAUCACUUGUCACCCAUGGCAGUGGACAAAUGGAUUCUGUUGCAACCCCUGAGAAUUCUUCAAUAUCCAUAGGGGAUGAUGAUUUCGAUUCGCAGAAGAGUAAAUCCAGGAGCGAUGAAUUUGAUGAAGAUGAACCAGAGGCCAAAAGAUGGAAAGCGGAAGGUGAAAAUGAAGAAAUUUCAGCACCUGGAAGCAGAACAGUGAGAGAACCUAGAGUUGUGGUUCAAACCACUAGUGACAUUGACAUUCUUGAUGAUGGAUACAGAUGGAGAAAAUAUGGACAGAAAGUGGUCAAGGGAAAUCCAAAUCCUAGGAGCUACUACAAGUGUACACAUCCAGGAUGUCCUGUAAGAAAGCAUGUAGAGAGAGCAUCCCAUGAUCUUAGGGCAGUGAUCACAACCUAUGAGGGGAAGCACAACCAUGAUAUUCCUGCUGCUCGUGGCAGCAACUCUGCGAAUAGGCCAUUGCCUGAGAACAACAACGGCAGCAUCAAUAGCAACAAAAAUGCAGCUAUGGCGGUAAGGCCAUUGGCUUUGAUCCAUCAUUCUAACAACUUGACAAACCCACUUCGCCAUCUAAGGCUACCAGCAACAUCUGAAGGGGAAGCACACUUUUCACUAGAGAUGCUUCAGAAUCCAGACAAUUUUACUUUCUCAGGAUUUGGCAAGUACACUAAUCAAUCAUCAACAGAUGUUUUUUCCGGAGCCAAGGAAGAACCAAGGGCUGAAAUGUUCCUGGAAUCAUUGCUAUGCUGAAAUUUGCAGGUUUCUGGAGGAUUAAAAAUCAGAAAGAAUAGAAAAGAAGGUCAAGUUCAUUAGAUUAAUUGCAUAUUGUUUUUUUGUUGUGUAUAUUUUACAGCCAAGGCAUUUUGAUUUUGUAGUGUUGUAAAAGUUGUAUUGGUGUAGGCUAGGGAGUGUUAUCUAAAUUUAUUUUUUUAUUGUUUUGGGGCCUUUAUCAGUCAAAAUUACAAGCCUCGAUUCAAUAUGGUAUAUCACACAUUGGGUUAAAAUUUAGAUUCAUUUUGAUUA